CACGAGCAUUUCAGACUGCGCACAUCUGCAGCAGCAGAUUGAUUCCAAAGGCCACAUCAUCAGGCCACACACCGCGUCUUGCUUGCCACAGCUCCGCUAUGCUGCUCCUGUCGUCGAUCGUGGCUUUCUCCAAGGACCCUCUUCGUCCUGUCUCACUGCUGCCAAACCCUCUUGCUGCACGCUGUGCCAAUGCAAUUGCCAUGCAUUGGAUCGAAGGUCGUCGAAUAGGGGCGUUUUGUGCCAGCGUCGCAGGUUUGAGGCUCAUUCUCCCAUGCCAGGGAGCCAGGAAACGGCGGGCCGUCGAUCUCCUGCACGAUGGUCAUCUCCAUUCUAUCCGACUCGAGCCUAAAUGUCGCUCUGCGCCCAGCCGGGUCCUGGCAAGCACCCCCAGUCGGUGGCUGCAGCAUCGCUUCUGCGCCAGGCGGAUGGCAGCCACUACACUGAUAGGCCGCUCGCGUCGCCGAUGAUUGAUGAUAUGAAUGCCCAAUCUAGAGGAGUGGACGGGCGCACGCACCACUCCUGCCACGCAGCGGAUCAUCUCUCCGAUCUCAUGAACUGUUGCCGCGGCUCCGUUGGCAGCGGCAACCGUUCUGCUUUGGGCGCUGUCGCCCGCGAGCGAGUGAGCUCGCCCUCGCAGCUACGCGCCGGUGCUAUGGCUGCCCCGGCUCGCGUAUUGCCCCGACCUUUUCUACCCGGCGGGCUGGCUACCGUGGGUUCACUGCUCUCGCCUAGUGGCACCCGCGCGGUGGCCACGAGUCACGGCUCCCAGACCUGGCCGUCCUUGGAAUUUUCAAAACGGGUAUCUCACAUGGGGGUUGCAAAACGGGGCCAGCCUACAGACCGACUCGGGUACCUGUCUCGGCUGGCCGAACCCAGUAAGACGGUUGCCCAGCACGCGAGGGCCAGACACCCUGGCCUGCCAGAGGGUCCAGAUGAGUGAGGCGCCGCGCGACACACAGAGGCCCAUAGGAUGUAGUGGCAUCAAAAUCCCAAGCCAGACGUCAACAUCUUUGCUUCCUGGGCGUGCCCAUACCUUCCUCGUGGGCACAUGGUGCCUGGCAAAUCGGGGACACUGCGGUCCUAGCC